UUCAGAUCAGAUUCAGACCUCUGCUUUAAAUCUGUGAGAGCAGACACUUGAAGCGGCUUAACUAUGGCUUCCAGAAAAAAAGGGUUGUCUUUGGAGGAAAAGCGUGCAAAGAUGCUGGAAUUAUUCUACGAGACCCAAGAAUUCUACCAAAUGAAGGAACUUGAGAAGAUUGCCCCGAAGAAAAAGGGCAUCAUAUCCCAGUCUGUGAAAGAAGUUACCCAGUCACUAGUAGAUGAUGGUUUGGUGGAGUGUGAAAAAAUAGGCACAUUCGUUUGCUAUUGGGCAUUUCCAUCAAAAGCGUUGCAAGUGAGAAAGCGGAAAUUAGAAGAACUGAGGUGUUCAGUCAGCGAGCUGGAGGAGAAAAUCAAGGAAGCUGGCUCUGAAAUAAAGAAGCAGCGAAAAGGGAAGGAAGACAGCGCAGUUCGCACUGAACUGCUGAAUCUUCGCACAAAACUGGAAGAAGACGAGAAGAUUCUGAUUAAGCGGCUUGACAAGUACGCCUUAUGUAAUCCAGAUGUCAUUAAUCAAAUGAGAUUACGUACUGAGAAAACACGCGAGGAUGCGAAUCGUUGGACAGACAAUAUUUUUACAAUCAAGAAAUGGUGCAAGUCGAAGUUUGGAAUGGACGAAAGCGUGCUGAACAAGCAGUUUGAAAUACCUGAAGAAUUGGAUUACAUAGAGUGAUUCGCGCGACAUGUGUAGUUGUAGAAGUUCAUCAUUGUGCAUGUGCGCUUGACUCAAAUUCUGGCACUUUUCUUUAAUUUGUUGUUGAAUGAUAAAUGCGAACUGUGUCUUGAUUUCUAUCUACAGGCUUUCUGCACACUAUGCUGUCUGUUCAAUACUACGCAUCAAGGUUGCUGUUGAAAG